CAACAUAUAUAUCAAUCCACAAAACCCUUCUCGUAUAAUCACCAAAUCUUUCCCUUGAAACAAAUCCCUAAAGAGAUUUCAGAAUGGGUAAGAGUUCUUCCAUGGUAGUAGCAGAGAAGUUCUCUUUGUACUGCACGGUGUUUGCUGCCAUGAUGCUUCUGAUGAACUUCUUCCACGUAGUAGAGGAGGGUUCCACGGAGAUCAUGCAGAAACAACAGCCGUCCAUGAUGAUCGCCGGAUAUCCUGAUCGACGGCCAGCAUGCGAUGAGAUAUAUGAGGUGAAAGAAGGAGAGACGUUGCAGACGAUAAGUGAGAAGUGUGGAGAUCCUUACAUCGUUGAAGGGAAUCCUCAUAUACAUGACCACGAUGAUCUUUUCCCGGGUCUUCUCAUUAGAAUCACUCCUACGUUUUAAUCUCAAGUCAUUCUUGCAUGUAUUUAUAAAUCUGUUACGAAUGAGUUUUUUUUUUUUU